AUGGGUCCUUCACUCAACUGGAAGGAGACCUUGGGCCUGCUGUCUGUGUGUUGGCUUAUGGUUCAAGCCCAGGCACAACCCACCCCAGCGGUCUCAUCUUCCUUCGCCCCUCAGUACACACUUCCUGUAUCGGCAAACGAAGCUCCCCCCGUGCUCCCCAAUAUCAGGGACCCAUUAGCUGUUGAUGCACAGACAGUCUGCCCCGGUUACGUAGCUUCUAGCGUUCAGCAGACACCGACCGGACUGACAGCCUUACUUUCGCUUGCCGGCCAUGGGUGCAAUGUUUACGGUACAGAUAUCGACUCCCUGAAUCUCACGGUCGAAUAUCAGACAACAGAUCGGUUGCACGUUGAGAUCGUUCCAACAUACAUUGGCACAGGGAACGCAACUCAGUAUAUCAUACCCCCAGGUGUGGUGGCAAAACCUGGAGUAGAAGGGUCCAAUGCCGAGUCCGAUUUGGAAUUUUCCUGGACUAAUGAGCCUAGUUUUGGAUUCGAGGUGGCAAGAAGGUCGACAAAGGACGUUCUUUUCUCUACCAAGGGGAAGAAACUAGUCUUUGAAGACCAAUUUAUUGAGUUUACAAGUCCGCUCCCGGAGAACUAUAAUAUAUAUGGACUGGGCGAGUCUGUCCAUGCAUUCAGGCUGGGCAACAAUUACACGAAGACCUUCUACGCAGCCGAUGCUGGCGCCACGGUCGAUAUCAAUGUCUACGGCACACAUCCUUUCUAUCUGGAGACCCGUUACUUUACCCAGUCUCCUUCUGGUGAUCUCACAUUGGUGACAACCAAUGAGGUCGAACCGAACAAGACCUACACCUCUUUCUCGCAUGGAGUCUACUCUCGGAAUGCGCAUGGGCAAGAUAUCGUCCUGCAACCAGACGGUAUCACCUGGCGGGCCAUUGGUGGCAGCAUUGAUCUGUACUUCUUUUCAGGGCCAACGCAACCAGAGGUGACCACGUCAUACUUGAAAGCUGUAGGCCUGCCUGCGUUGCAGCAAUAUUGGACCUUUGGCUUUCACCAAUGCCGGUGGGGAUACAAGAGCUGGGAUGACCUUGAGGAUGUUGUGAAUAGUCACAUCAAUUUUGGAAUCCCGCUCGAAACGGUCUGGACUGAUAUCGAUUGGAUGCUACGGUACCGGGACUUUGAAAAUGAGCCAGUCGGGUUUGAUUACGAGGCAGGCAACAGGUUCCUUGAGCGUCUCCAUGAUGGUGGCAGACACUAUGUUCCCAUCUUUGAUUCUGCCAUUUAUAUUCCCAACCCCGAUGUUGAGAGUGAUGCAUAUCCGACGUUUGAGAGAGGAAACAAGACUGGAUCCUUCCUGACGAAUCCGGAUGGUAGCCUGUAUAUUGGUUCGGUCUGGCCUGGGUACACUGUCUUUCCUGACUGGUUAUCUGAAGGCGCUGAGCAAUGGUGGAUCGACGAAAUGAUCCUUUACCACCAGAAGACCGCAUAUGAUGGUGCAUGGGUUGAUAUGAGUGAAAUCUCAUCCUUCUGUGUUGGUAGUUGCGGAAGCGGCAACCUCCACCUCAACCCUGUGCAUCACCCUUUUGCCCUCCCUGGUGAGACUAGGAACCCGGUGCUCAAGUACCCUGAAGGUUUCAAUGUUACCAACUCUACCGAGGCGGCCGCUGCAUCUUCAGCACUUGCUUCGUUCUCCAGCGCUUAUCCUGCACCCACCUCCGCCAGCACCGUUUCCUAUGUGCGCACUACCCCUACUCCCGGUGUUCGUGAUGUCAAUUAUCCCCCAUAUGCCAUCAACAACGUCAAAGGUCCUCUAGGUGUGGCUGCCAUCUCACCUAAUGCCACCCACGCGGAGGGCACGCUGGAAUAUGACAUGCACAACCUUUGGGGUCAUGGCAUCAUCAAGGCCACCUACGCGGCCUUGUCUGAAAUUUUCCCUGGUCACCGCCCAUUCAUUAUUGCCCGCUCUACCUUUUCUGGUUCUGGUGCCUUCGCUGGGCACUGGGGUGGUGAUAACUGGUCUAACUGGCCCAGCAUGGCCUUUUCGAUCCCACAGGCUCUCCAAAUGUCCCUUCUUGGCGUUCCGAUGUUUGGGUCCGACACUUGUGGCUUUGCUGAUAAUACUGAUAUGGAGUUGUGCAACCGCUGGAUGCAACUGAGCGCAUUCUUUCCCUUCUACAGGAAUCAUAAUAUUCUCGGGGCCAUCAGUCAGGAGGCAUAUACAUGGGCGUCUUUCCCUAACGAUCCAUCUCUCGCCGGCGCAGAUCGACAGUUCCUACUGGGACCCUCUAUUCUGGUUAUUCCUGUUCUUGAGCCUGGAGCAACGUCCGUUAAUGGUGUCCUCCCCGGUUUGAUAGAGGGUAGUGAAAAAUGGUAUGACUGGUACAACCAGACCGCCGUGCCAGUACCAUCCCAGGCGAACACAACCUUCAAUGCUCCACUUGGCCACAUUCCGGUCUUUGUACGUGGUGGAUCUGUCCUCCCGCUCCAACAGCCUGCGCUCACGACAAGAGAUGCACGACAGAGUCCCUGGGAUGUGCUCGUGGCCCUGGAUAGGGAUGGCAAAGCUACUGGUGACUUGUAUCUCGAUGACGGUGUGAGCGUCCAACCAGACGCCACCCUUACUGCGGAAUUCACCGUAGGGGGGAGGAAGCUUGAGGCGGCCAUUGGCCAAGGUGGAUGGGUUGAUGGCAACAGCCUGAGGAACAUUACCAUUUUGGGUGUUGAAUCCGUGGCUGGUGCUGUCAAAUUCAACGGUCGCCCUGUUCAUCGCAGGAAUGUUCACUUUGACAAGGCCAAACAGACCCUAGUUGUUUCAGGAUUCGAUGUCUCGGCGUGGGCCGGAGAGCGUUGGACCCUAGAGUGGUAGGCAUCCAAUCCAGUGCGUUGUGCCCCACGAUAGAAGGAGUUGA